AUGUCACCUGUUCAAUUAGCUGAAAAAAAUUACGAAAGAGAUGAACAAUUCACCAAAGCUUUACACGGUGAAUCUUAUAAAAAGACUGGAUUGGCUGCAUUGAUUUCCAAGUCUAAGGAUGCUGCUUCAGUUGCUAAUGAGGGAUAUUUCAAACAUUGGGAUGGUGGUGUCACCAAAGAGGAUGAAACAAAGAGAUUGAGCGACUACUCACAAUUAACUCAUCACUACUACAACUUGGUUACUGAUUUUUACGAAUACGGCUGGGGUUCUUCUUUCCAUUUCUCUAGAUACUACAAGGGUGAAGCAUUUAGACAAGCCACAGCUAGACACGAACAUUACUUGGCAUACAAAAUGAAUAUAAACGAAAAUAUGAAAGUUUUGGACGUUGGUUGUGGUGUGGGUGGACCUGGUAGGGAAAUCACUAGAUUUACUGAUUGUGAAAUUGUUGGUUUGAACAAUAACGAUUAUCAAAUAGAAAGGGCCAAUUACUAUGCUAAGAAGUACAAGUUAGACGACAAGUUGUCUUACGUCAAAGGGGAUUUUAUGCAAAUGGAUUUUGAACCAGAAACAUUUGAUGCUGUGUACGCAAUUGAAGCUACCGUUCAUGCUCCAGUUUUAGAAAGUGUUUAUUCUGAAAUCUACAAAGUUUUGAAGCCAGGUGGAGUUUUCGGUGUUUAUGAAUGGGUGAUGACCGACAAGUACGACGAAACAAACGAAGAGCACCGUAAGAUUGCCUAUGGUAUUGAAGUCGGGGAUGGUAUUCCAAAAAUGUACAGUCGUGAAGUUGCCGAACAAGCUUUAAAGAAUGUUGGAUUUGAAGUUGAAUAUCAAAAGGAUUUGGCCGAUGUCGAUGAUGAUAUUCCAUGGUACUACCCAUUAGCUGGAGAUUUGAAGUACUGUCAGUCCUUGAGUGACUUGUACACUGUUUUCAGAACUUCUAGACUUGGUAGAUUGAUUACCACGGAAGCUGUUGGAUUGAUGGAGAAAGUUGGUAUUGCACCAAAGGGUUCAAAGCAAGUUACACACGCUUUAGAAGAUGCUGCAAUUAACUUGGUUGAAGGUGGUCGUCAAAAGUUGUUCACGCCAAUGAUGUUGUACAUCGCUAGAAAACCAGAAAAUGCCAAAGAUUAA